AUGCGCGCUGUUCAGGUUAAGGAAUAUGUCAAGGGCCCUCUUGAUCUUACGGUCGCAACCCUGCCAACGCCAUCUCCAUCGCCAAAUCAAUACUUAAUUCGGGUUCAUUCUGCCGGCACUAAUUUCUUCGACCUUCUCCAAAUCCAAGGCAAAUAUCAGCAUCAGCCACCACUUCCAUGGGUUUCCGGCGCAGAAUUUGCGGGAACAAUUCUCAGUACGCCUUCGGGCAGUAAGUCCCCAAAAUACAAGGUCGGUGACCGCGUUUUUGGGGCAAGCCAAGGUGCCUACGCUACACAUAUUUUGGCCGCAGAGCCUGCCUUAUUACCAGUUCCUACGAGCUGGAGCUUUGAAGAUGCAGCAGGGCUAUUCAUCACAGUACCAACAUCCUAUGGUGGCCUUGUACAUCGGGCUAAAGUUCAAAAAGGCGAUUGGGUUCUUGUUCAUGCGGCUGCCGGCGGUGUAGGACUUGCUGCUGUCCAGAUUGCGAAGGCAAAAGGUGCCACAGUAAUCGCUACAGCAGGAACUGAGAGAAAACGAGAGGUGGCGAAAGCCUUUGGAGCUGAUUAUACUAUCGAUUACCGGGAUCCCAAGUGGCCUGACGCGGUCAAGAAAUUGUGUGCGCAACACCGGACAGGAAAUGGCAAAGCGGGGGUUGAUAUUGUGUAUGAUCCAGUUGGCAUGAUCGAGCAGAGUCUCAAAUGCGUGGCAUGGAACGCGAGAUUGCUCGUGAUCGGUUUUGCUGGAGGUAAGAUCGAGAAAGUCGCCUUGAAUCGCGUGCUGUUGAAGAACGUGAGCCUGGUUGGUCUGCACUGGGGCCAAUACGUGAAUUUUGAAAAGGAAACAGUCGGUAUGGUGUGGAAAGGGAUCUUUGAUUUGAUCAAAGAGGGAAAAUUCAAGGGAACCAGCUUCACAGAUGAGAGCUUUGUUGGGCUGGACUCUCUACCAAAGGCCUUGCAGGCUCUCGGAGGAAGGGAGACCUGGGGGAAGGUGGUAGUCAAAAUUCUCGAUGAUGAUGACUCGGAACCUAGAUCAAACAAGUUAUAA